CAGUUCUCGCGGUGCUGGCCAGGCUCAGCCUCCUUCCCCUCCCCGGCGAGCGGUGACUGUGCACGGCGGAGCGGGGAGCGCCUAGCCGGCAGCGGGGGGAGCCCGCGGCGCCCCGCACAGCCGGCAGGGAGAGGGGGCCGCCGAGCAGCGGGCACGGCACGGCACGGCUCGGCACGGCCCGUUCCGGCCGCCCUGCCCCAUGCCCCAGCGGCUCUGAGCCUCCCGCAGCCCGAACAUGGCCACCACGGCAACGUGCACCCGCUUCACCGACGAGUACCAGCUCUACGAGGAGCUCGGCAAGGGAGCCUUCUCUGUGGUCCGCAGAUGUGUAAAGAAAAAUUCGUCACAGGAAUAUGCUGCAAAAAUCAUCAACACCAAAAAGCUGUCAGCCAGAGAUCACCAGAAACUGGAACGUGAAGCUCGAAUCUGCCGACUUCUGAAGCAUCCAAAUAUUGUUCGGCUCCAUGACAGUAUUUCAGAAGAAGGUUUCCAUUACCUCGUCUUUGAUCUGGUUACUGGUGGGGAGCUCUUUGAAGAUAUUGUUGCCAGAGAAUACUACAGUGAAGCAGAUGCCAGCCACUGUAUUCAUCAGAUACUGGAGAGUGUGAAUCACAUUCACCAGCAUGAUAUCGUGCACAGGGACUUGAAGCCUGAGAAUUUGCUACUGGCAAGUAAAUGUAAAGGUGCUGCUGUCAAACUGGCUGACUUCGGACUGGCUAUAGAAGUGCAGGGAGAGCAGCAGGCCUGGUUUGGGUUUGCUGGCACUCCAGGCUACCUCUCCCCUGAAGUCUUAAGAAAAGAUCCAUAUGGAAAGCCAGUGGAUAUAUGGGCAUGUGGAGUGAUUCUGUACAUAUUACUAGUGGGGUACCCUCCCUUUUGGGAUGAAGAUCAGCACAAACUCUAUCAGCAGAUCAAAGCCGGAGCCUAUGACUUCCCAUCACCUGAGUGGGACACUGUGACUCCUGAAGCGAAGAAUUUGAUCAACCAGAUGCUGACGAUAAACCCAGCAAAGCGCAUCACAGCUGACCAGGCUCUCAAACAUCCAUGGGUCUGCCAACGAUCUACUGUCGCUUCAAUGAUGCACAGGCAGGAGACUGUGGAAUGCUUGAGGAAGUUCAAUGCUAGAAGGAAGCUGAAGGGCGCAAUCCUCACAACGAUGCUUGUGUCUCGGAAUUUUUCAGCUGCCAAAAGCCUUCUGAACAAGAAAUCAGAUGGAGUGAAGAAAAGGAAGUCGAGCUCCAGUGUGCAUUUGAUGCCACAGAGCAACAACAAAACCAGUAUAGUAAGCACUGCAAAAGAAACACCCCCAGUGCAGACGUCCAUGGAGCCUCAAACAACUGUUGUCCAUAAUGCUACAGAUGGCAUAAAGGGUUCCACAGAGAGCUGUAACACCACUACUGAAGAUGAGGAUCUGAAAGCUCCCCCUCUCUCCACCGGGGACGGCAGCUCAGUGCUUGAAGGACGGAGGCACAGUGAGAGCAAAACACAGACUGAGUCCAUGCAGUCCCAGCUUUCUCUCUGUUUCUCAGCCAUGCGUAAGCAGGAGAUCAUUAAGAUAACAGAGCAGCUGAUAGAAGCCAUCAACAAUGGAGACUUUGAGGCUUAUACAAAAAUCUGUGAUCCUGGUUUGACCUCAUUUGAACCUGAAGCACUGGGGAACCUGGUUGAAGGAAUGGAUUUCCAUAAGUUUUACUUUGAGAACUUACUGUCGAAGAAUAGCAAGCCGAUACACACAACCAUCCUGAACCCUCAUGUCCAUGUCAUCGGUGAAGAUGCUGCCUGCAUUGCAUACAUCCGCCUGACACAGUACAUCGAUGGCCAAGGCCGGCCCCGUACCACGCAGUCUGAAGAGACUCGCGUCUGGCACCGCCGAGAUGGCAAGUGGCUGAAUGUCCACUACCACUGCUCUGGAGCCCCUGCAGCACCUCUCCAGUGAGGAUCAUACAUGGCAACUUGUGGAGAUACACAGCUGGAGGGCAAUAUCUUCUUAGCACGCAGCUCUGGAGUGCCUGAGUGACAGCAACGGUCAUGUCUGUUUUGACAUUAAAAAAAACAAAAACAAAAAACAAAAAAACAAAACAAAUUACAAACAGGCAGCAGCCAAAUGCACGAAACCCUGCAUGCAUCUGAUGCUCCGGGUGCUGCCUUUCUGUUGUUUUCCAUGGAUCCAUCGUGUCUGUUUCUGCUGUACGAAGGUGUUUUUAAAACUAAAAAAGAAAAAAAAAAAAGACAUGUUGUUUGUAUAAAAUAAUAAUAAAAAACAAACAAACAGGAGUAAUGCUAAAUAAAUGACAGAUUAUCCAACAUGCCCCCUCCCCCAGGGCUAAGAAAAUGGCAGCAGCUGGAACAUCUUUCAGAAAUGAAGUGAGGGGGAAAGCAAAAGUGAAGGAGAGAGAGAGAGGGAGAGCAAAAAAAGGAGGCGGCUUGAGCAGCAGAUGGCUGAACUGUGCUCCGCAAAGCCAUGGUGGAAGUUAACAUCGCGUUCAGGCUGUGCUGUGACUUCAAUCAGUGAGCGGUGGCGAGGAGACCCCAGAGGAGCCAGUGUGAAGACUGGGGCGCAAGAGUGAGGAGACGCUUCUCUUCCUAUUGCCCAGCAGACUGACUUCAGCCUGAGUUUCUUCUUAGAUUUCUGCACAGCAAGAACGUUAUGGAAAGCUGGUUGCUCAGCUGCUGGAUCCCAAAACAGACUUUUUUUUAAAGAAAAAACAAAAUGGGAUGUUGAUUAAAAACUAAUGGUGUAAGUAAGGAUUAAAAAAAGUGGGUUUAAGUGAAUAUAACUUAAAUAGAAGCUUGCUCUUCAAAGAUACAGGUUUUAGAAACAGCCACUACCUGGCCAAACAUGGAUGUUUGAAGCCAGCUUAUUUAAUUAAAAAAAAAAAGCGCUAAAGACAGCAUUAAGAGCAGAGGUUUUAGAGGAAGAGGGUACAUGUAUGGGAUUUUCUAUUUUUUUUUUUUUUUCUAGUAGCAUAGUUGGGAUCCACAGUGCUGCAGAACACGUGUUCCUUAGGAAGCAGACAAGAAACUUAGUGUUAUGUUCUUCAUGAAGACUUGCACAUACACUCCUAUAUGAGGCAUAAAUAGCGUGUGUUUUUUAUACUGAAAUAUAUGCACCAUAGAAUUAAAGGGGUUACCUGGCCUCCUGUUUGAUUUGUUUGAUCUCCGAUGAAAAAAGCAGUGGGAGCCAGCAGCCCCAGCCAGGUGCUUGUCCCCACCACUAACCCAUCUGAUGUUUGUAAGUGUCAUGUUUCCUAGUGUUUAUUUGGGUAAUUUUUCUAUUUUUUACAGUGAUGUUGUAACACAGAAAACUAUCAGAUCAGAACCUCAAACCGUAGCUGUAGGACUCCAGGCCACCUCCUGGUGUUGCCUCUGGGUGUUAGAGGAUACCUCAUGAAGCAGAGGGGAAAGGGAAUUAGCACAUGUGAUCUGAUGUUUGUCCUUUGGGCCAAUUCAUCUUCCUUUCUUUUCUUUGCUGGAAAGGGAGUCCAUUUCCUUUAUUCAUUUAUUGAGGAAUAUGGAAUUGUUUUGUUGACCUUACCAAGAACUGAUCCUAGCCCCAAGCAGAAAACUGCCUUUCUGGUGGACCCUUUCAGGAACAGGGUUUGUCUUGACCAAGGGGAAGGACAGAGUUACUCAUUCUUUAUAGCAUCUGGGAUGGGCUUUUACCUGAAUUUCUGUCUACCCCCUAAUUAUUUUUUGGAUCUUUCAAGGCAAUUAAUGUGAUUGUGUUGACAGCAUACAAAAUGUGAGGCAACCUUUUUACAGGCUACGGAACAGAAGAAAGCUAAUUUGAAAUUUUAAUCCUUAUUUAACAGAAUGCAGAAAGUAAAAGCUGUUGCACAAAGUGUGGCUGUCUGCCCCGGUAGCUGUCUGCUCCCUUUGUCAGAGAGGUGCUGUCCCACACCAGGAUUAGAUCAGCUAACCCGUGAGGAAGGAAAAGACCAUCUACACGCCCCAGGUUUGUCAGAGUAAAUACUCUUUUAUUCCUCCCUCCACCAUCCCCGGGAGGACUUGUGGGGCUUGAACCUAUAGGGGGCAAACACUAAAUGUUAUAUUUCAAAACAUUUUAAAGACAGCACUAAGCCAGUGAGUGAAGUGGAAAAACAAGAAGCCUUGAUAUUUUAUUCAGUUUUUUUUUUUUUUUUUUUUAAAGCCACAAAGAGAGAGCAAACAGGAGAUUACAAUUAUGCCAUUUGAAAAAAAAAAUAAAUACAAAACAUUAUGCAUGCCUUCUUUAGGUCUGAUCUUCCUUGUCUCUUUACCUGAUGAUGAUUAAUACGUAAAAAGAAAACCCUCUGUAUUAAGUACCUGCAUCUUUCAGAAAAACUUUAAAAGGAAAAGAACUGUUGGGUU